AAAUUUGUGCAGAUAUCGACAACAGCUAUGGGUAAACUACAAAAUCCUGCAAAAGUGGCGUUGAGACAGCAGCUGAAAACAGUUAUGAGCAAUAUGAGUAGCACCUCUCGGGUAGCCCAAUCAAAGGCAAUUGCGAAUAAGGUUCAACAGCUGCCAUUCUACCACAACAGUCAAAGGAUUUGCAUCUACUUGAGCACCGAACGAGAAGUCAACACAGUCCCCUUGCUGCAGGACAUGUUUCACAAAAGCAAAGAAGUUUUCGUUCCAACGUACAACCGCACCGCAAUGAAAAUGGUGAAAAUCGACGAUAUGGUCGAUUACGAUAGACUUCCGACGACCAGCUGGAAUAUCAAACAGCCGAACUUCGGCGACACCAGUCGGGAGGAUUGUCUAGCAACAGGACUGGAUAUGAUAAUACUGCCCGGAGUGGGAUUUACCCGGAGUGGUCAUCGACUGGGGCAUGGCGGAGGCUAUUACGAUCGCUUUCUGCAUGAAUACUUUACGAAAUUUCCUAACGCAGCCGGAGCGGGUAACCGAAAAACCUACCUGGUCGGUGUAGCUUUCCAUGAGCAAAUCGUUCCCGAGGAUCAACUGCCGGUCGCGGAACAUGAUUUCCCCCUGGAUAUGGUCAUCUGGGCAGACGAGACGAACCUGAAGUGAUGAAUACUAGCAGGAAAUAAUUGAGGACCUAUUUUCUUUCUGUUUAUUAAAAUGACAUUUUCAAUAAAUUUAAAUUUUAUUUCGUUUCGUUUGAGCUCACAAUUGCGCUUGUUUGUUUCUACAUCCUAUUGACUACACACUACUCUGUACAACAUUCUUUUUUGUUCAUAUAUUUAUAUCUUACAGCACUAAAUGACUAAAUCACAAUAUGAUCAGCGGGAAUCGUACGAUAACUCCGAGAAUACAUUAUGGUGAUCACUGUUUACACGACUUGGGGGACAAGAAUGCUGUACAACAUUGUUUUGGGUAACGACGAUGGAGGGAUCUAUCCAGGGAAUGGUGGUUUGAAAUCUUUUAGGUUCAACGUUACAUGCGGGUUUAUUGCUCGCCAAGUUUGAAUGUUGCAAUGACAGGAAAUGGGCUAGCUGUUAAUUGUGGAAUCCCCAUAAUCAGUCAAAUAAAUAUUAAUAUGUACAGAACCGAUUAAAGCAUGAAUUAAUAAUGUACACAAUUGCAUGAAAAUUUUGGGUGAACACCUAUGCGCGAGUUCACUUGUUCACGUGUCAAGUCCUAUCUAAAGCACGGCGAAAUGAUGAUUUUUUGCCUGUUGAGAAACAAUAUCUUAGUGGAUAUGUCAAAGAGCCGGUGUUAACAAACACAGAGCAUAAAACCCAGUUAGUUUCAUUGUUUCGCCGAUGAUACC